AUGCUUGCACGAUCGCUAUUGUUCCGCAGAGCCCCGGCGGCAAGGCUCUACUCGACGGCGACGUCGUCGCCGCCGUUGUUGGCGAAGAUUAGAUCCGACAUGAAGGACGCCAUGCGCGCAAAGGACACAAACAAGCUCAACGUCUGCCGCUCACUCAUCGCCGAGAUCUCCAACGCCUCCAAAAUGCCCACGCCACCCACAACCGACAUCCACCUCCUCUCCAUCAUCACCAAGACGCUCGACAAGUCGCUCAGCAGCCUGUCCGAGUUCCAGAGCGCCGGCCGCGACGACCUGGCAUCCAAGGAGGCCGGCCAGAUUGAGGUCUUGAAGGGCUAUGCCGCGCAGGUGGAGAGGGUCGGCCUGGACGAGAUUGAGGGCGUCGUCAAGAAGGUGCUGGAGGGCGGCGUGGGAAAGAUAGGGGAGGUUAUGAAGGCGGUCAUGGCCCAGCUUGAGGGUAGACCAGUGGUGCAGGGGGAUGUGGCGGGUGCGGUGCAGAGGGCGUUGAAGAAGUAG